AAUGGACUAUAGAUUGAUCAUCUUUGCCUUAACAGGAGCACUGGUUAGUGUUGCCUUUUGUCAGACUCGUCAGUACUACUUUGUGAGCACCUCAAAGACAUGGACAGAUGCACAGAGUCACUGCAGAAAUGUCUACACUGACCUGGCAACCAUAGAAAACACAGCUGAUCUUUAUGCUGUCACAAGUACUGCAUCAAACACAGGUAAGGCAUGGAUAGGUCUCCAUGAUGACCUGCAGAACAGUUGGAGAUGGUCCCUAAAUGACAGCAGCUUCUAUGGCGUGGGAGAGGCAGCAUUUAGAAACUGGUACCCUGGUUCGCCCAACAAUCUUAAUGGACAGCAACAGUACUGUGUGGCACUUUUAAGUGGGAGUCUAUACAGUGAUAGAUGGGAUGACCGUGAUUGUGGUGAUAAAUACUUCUUUGUGUGCUAUAAUGGUACAAUAAAUGGUGAAGCAUCCUUUGUUAAGGUUAACAGUACUGUAAAUUGGACUGAUGCUCAGAGUUUCUGCAGAAAGAAUUAUGUUGAUCUAGCCAGGUAUAGUAUCCACUAA